AUGUCACAAGGAAAGAUUGUGUUGAUGGCUUGUGGCAGUUUUAGUCCACCGACAUAUAUGCAUUUGCGAAUGUUCGAGAUAGCAAGGGACUAUAUCCAUUCAUUAGGUAUGGGAACAGUAGUGGGUGGAAUUGUAUCUCCCGUUCAUGAUGGUUAUGGAAAGAAAGACCUCGUAGCUGCUCAUCACAGAAUAGCAAUGUUGAAAUUGGCACUGCGAUCGUCAGGAUGGAUAAAGAUAUCUGAAUGGGAGACGCAACAAACUGGAUGGACAAGAACAAAAUUGUCAUUACAAUAUCACCAAGAUACCAUAAACAGUCACAUGUCACCACUAAACAUAAACUCAGAACCUCCCUCUUGGCUGCCGGAUGAUAUUUUGAAUGUAAACAGUAUAGAUGAGCCAGAUAACUUGAAUUUCAAACUAAACGGUAAUACAGACGAUAGUGUCACUGUCAAAUUGUUAUGUGGUGCAGAUUUGUUGGAGUCGUUCUCUACGCCUGGAUUGUGGUCCGAUGAAGAUCUAGAGACGAUAAUUGGUCGGCAUGGCUUAGUAGUGGUGACUCGCGUGGGGAGUGACCCCGGUCGGUUCAUAUAUGAUUCUGACAUGCUUUAUAAGUAUAGAAAAAACGUGACUCUAGUCACAAACUAUAUAACCAACGAGGUGAGCUCGACGGUUAUUAGAAGAUUAUUAAGGCGUGGUGAAAGUGCGAAGUAUCUCACCGACGACGCAGUACUCACCUACAUCAGGCAGAACAGAUUAUACGGUUCGAUACCUUGUGUCACUGAGUAUAACAUUCUAACCGACAUCCUAGCUAACUACGAGAAGUCCCCGCAAGACGUCAUAAUGGCUUCACCAGAGGAAACGAGCUUCAAAAACAUCCUCAUAUCCAUUCGAGACAAACCAUCUAUAAUAGACGAAACAAUAACAGUGAAACGUCCCAAAAAAUCUAACUUCCUCAUGCCCAGUAACACAAUAAGUCCCACUUUGGAUCCGAAACCUAAAAUGGCGUAUGUAGAUAAAGUACCAACCAAUUACGUGCCGGGUAAAGCUGUGAAAAUUAUCAGCGAUGCAAAACAACACUCUAUUCAAGAGGAUAAGGGAGGCGGUUGCGCAUUG